UAUGAGCAAUUAUUUUUUAAAUUCAGGACUUAAAAGGGAUGGCUAAUUGGAAUUAAUACCUGAACAUGUUCGUUUUAAUUUAACAUAAUUAACACCAUCUGAUGUUGGGAUAGUUUAAUUUUAAAUAAUAUUAGCAGAACAGGAAUAAAAUAUCAUUGAAUUAAUUGAUAUUCAAGAUAAUCUUGGAAAUCCUUUGAUAAAAAUAACAUUAAAAUAAAGAGAACUUAUAAUUCAAUAUUUGGAAAAUACCUACAAAUUUCCAAUUCAAUAAAUCAUUUUAUACAAAUUGUAUCCAAUAUUUAUAUCAUUCCAUGAUGAGAUUAAUUUGAUUACAAAUUUUAAUGUUCAAAGUUAAAAACUUCAAUAGAGAUUUGCUUAUACAUCCAAUAAGAUGGGAAUAUUUUUAGGAAGUAGAAGUAAUUUGAAUGCCUUUACAGGAAUAACAAGAAAUUUAUAGAUUAGAUUUGUAAGAGAAAAUGAAUUAAAAAUGCAAAUAGAAGGUGAAAUAAAGAUGUAAAAAUCUAUUCUUAAUGAUUUAAAUGAUAUUGGAUAGAUAAAAUAUAAAUUACCAUUUAGCAAACCAUUAUAAUCAAUAGAAGAGUUAGAUAAUUGGAAACCUAAUGAAGAAUAUACAAUACUUCCAAUUUAAUAACUAAAGAAAAUUACAAGAACAACAAAUUAACCUUUAUUAGUAUGUCAUGAUAUGUAAGGUGGAUAUAAAGAAGAUAUUUGGUGUUUUGGAAAUGCAAUGAGAUAAAAUAGUUAUCGUUUUUAUUACAUGACCCAUUGUGACAUUUUUGUUUAUUUUUCACAUACUUUUAUUACUAUUCCAACUGUACCAUAUAUUAAUAUUUGUCAUCAAUUUGGUACUAGGAUAUUAGGAACCAUUAUUACAGAAGGAGAUGAUAAUACAUUGACUAAUUAAAUAUUAAAUUUAAAAUAUGUUGAUAAACUAGUUUAAAUUUGUUAAUUCUAUAAGUUUGAUGGUUAUUUAUUGAAUAUAGAAACAAAUGUUGAUAACGUAGAUUUAUUUAUAUAAUUUAUAAAAGAAUUAAGUGAUAAAUUAUAAUCAAUAGGAGCUAUUUUGAUGUAUUAUGAUAGUCAUAAUGCUGAAGGAAUUUUAAAAUGGUAAUCUGAAUUGAAUGAAGACAAUAUGAAAUACUUUUAAGCUUGUAAUUACUUUUUUAGUGAUUAUCAUUGGAAUUUGAAUAAAUUAUCUAAUACAGAAAAGAAUGCUGGAAAUUAAAAGAAUAAUGUAUUCGUAGGAAUUGAUAUAUGGGGUAGAGGACAAUAUGGAGGUGGAUAAUUUGAUAGUCAUAUAGCAUUGUAAGAGAUAAAAAAAGCAUAAUUAGCCACAGCCAUUUUUGGUUAAGCUUGGACUUAUGAGACCUCAAAUGAUAGUAGGUCAUAGUUUAUUUAAAAUGAUAAUUCAUUAUGGUAAGGUAAAAAUACUGUAUCUUUAUUUGAUAAACAUAAAAAUCAAUGGGUAAUUACAUCUAAUGGAGGAUCUGGAUGGAAAAUAGUACAAGAAAAUGGAGAAGAGACUGCUAUUGCAUCUUUUGAUUGGUGUAUCAGAACUUAUACAAUUUAAUUAAAUUUAGUAUCUUCAAAUAAAGGAGGUAUUAUAUAAUUCAAUGCAAGAGUAAAAGGAACUGGUCCAAAAUUUGAGGAUUUAUAUGUAAUUAAUAAUAAUAUUAUGAUUAGCUAAUUGGAAUAGAAUUAUAUGAUAGAUAAAAUAAAUGUAUUGCAAGUAUAGAUUCAUUUUCAACAAAGGUGAAUAAGAAAGAAAUUUAAUUUAAUAUUGAUAAUGUUAAUGUUGCUGAUGAUAAAUGGAGAGAACAUACUUUAAGUAUUAAAACUACAGAUGAUACAUAAUAUGUUAAAUUUAUAGAAGUAGGAAAAGAUGUUGAAUUAUGGGCUGGUAAUUAUGGUACUUAAUUUACUGGUGAAUCUAUGGUUUAUAUUAGUUAUGAUAGUAAUAAGGAUCUAUUAAGAAUGAUAAAACCAAAAACUUAUUAAGAAUUCCCAUUAUAAACAUAUUUCAAUAAUGCUGUUGGAGAAGCCUAUUAUAUUGAUGGUCAAAAGUUUACACAUUAUAAGGGUUACUAUGAUAAUUUGAAUGAUUUUGAUUAUUCCUUAUGUUAUCCUACAAAAAAGAUUGUGAGUUAAGAUAUACAAGAUAAUUGGGAGAGUAGUAUAACUUUUAGUGAUGCAUGGAAUGGAAGUAGUUGUAUAAAAAUUAAAGGAGAUUUGUAAGUUAAUAAAAGUUUUCUUAUAAAAUUAUUCAAAACUAGAAUUGAUCCUUAAGGUAAUAUAAGUGCAAGUAUCAAUAUGAAGAAUUUUGAUAAAAAGAUUUUAUCAUUAAGUUUGGUUUUUAAAUUUGGAGAUAAGGGUUUGUAAACUUUUAAACCAACUAAAAUAUUAACAAAUAAGGGUUGGGAUAUUGCAUAAUACACAAUUUUAAAUUAAGGGAAAAGUUUGAAAUCUGUUUAUCUAAAAAUUGAGAAUAUUUCUUAGCAAUAAUAAGCAGUUGAUGGUUUAAUUGGAGGUUUAGCCAUUUAUGAUGAUAGAUUUACAGAAUAAAUGAAGAUUGCCAAUGUAGAUUUCAAAGAUCCAACUAAAUAUAUCAAGAAUAUCUAGUUGAAAGAGAGUGUUACAAAUCUCUAUGAUUUAUAUAUCUAAUUAGAAUUAGGAGAUUUAUAACCACUCCUUAAAACUAUCAGAGUCUUUAAGUAUAUUAUUAUGUAUUACAAAAUAUAGUGAUAAAUAAUGGAUUGGAAAUGUAAGAUCUAAUUAUGCUUAUUUCCCUGAACUACCUUUUGAUGGAAAAGAAAUGUUUGUCAAAUUAUAGAUUAUUUUAAAUAAUGGAAACCACAUCAAGGCUGAAUCUGUUCUGCCACAUAUCCUUUAUUCAGAUUAAGUUGUUAGAUUGCCAUGAA